AUGUCGCCUCAUCAGCCUACCGUCGUCCCUUCGUCGGGAGUAUCAGACUCUCCAUCCGACACUGGAAGUUUGAAGGGCAGAAACAAGGCUGAAAACGAUGGAUAUCCCAGCGACUCAGUGCCUCCAACCGCCCCAGCCCUGGCUGCUCAGCAGGGGCAGCGUAUGGAAGCGGCAAUGGGAGAUGCGAUCCUACGAUUUCUGCGAAUAAGAAAACCUCGAAGGAACGACAUCUACGAUCUCGAUGCGGUCGCGACGCAGCCCAGUAUCUGGGACUCACCCGACAUCGAGCGAUACAAAGAAUUGUAUAUCCACCCGCAGUGGGAGAACUGGUCAGCCUUUGAUCCCAACUUCCGUUGGACGUGGCGUGAAGAGAAUGCUGUUCGCCACAAAGUUGACUGGAAGAUCAUGGUUUGGAUGUGUAUCAUGUUUGCAGCGUUGAACAUUGAUAGGAAUAAUAUCCAAAACGCUGUAUCGGAUAACAUGCUUGAUGAUUUGGGCAUUACACACGCCGACUACAAUAUUGGACAAACCAUUUCUCGAGUUGGCUUCCUUGUUGCUGAGUUACCUUCACAGCUGAUCUCGAAGCGAAUUGGACCCGAUAUGUGGAUUCCUAUCCAGCUUUGUAUCUUCAGCCUGAUAUCCGCGAUGCAGUUCUUCCUGAAGGGCCGCGCAUCAUUUCUUGCUACACGAUACUUGAUUGCUACAUUCCAAGGAGGCUUCAUUCCUUACUGGUAUACUGGCACAAGGCUCCCAAUCCGACUAGCGUGGUUUUGGAUGUCUUCGCAACUUGUCGAUAUUGGAGUUGGUUUCGCUGCCGUCGGUAUGCUCUCCAUGCGUGGAAUGCUUGGAUAUGAAGGUUGGAGAUGGCUCUUCCUCAUCGAAGGAGCGUUCACCUUUCUGAUCGGCGUUGCAUCCUUCUUCCUGAUGCCUCAAUCACCAGCUAGAACGAAGAGUUGGUGGAACCCAAAGGGAUACUUCACCGAGCAUGAACAGAAGAUCAUUGUCAAUUCUGUUAUCCGUGACGACCCACAGAAGGGGGGCAUGUACAAUCGACAAGGUCUAUCCGUCCGUCAAAUCUGGGAAUGCACCAAAGACUACGAUAUGUGGCCGCUUUACGCCCUCGGUCUUCUCUUCGGUCUGCCAAAGUACCCUGUCAACCAAUACCUCACUUUAUCCUUCCGUGGACUGGGCUUCAACGUCAUCGAGACCAACCUUCUGUCCAUUCCAUAUAUCGUCGGAUCCUGCAUCACAAUGCUUGCCAUCACAGCGUUCACAAAAGGCUUGCUAACAGCGCCCAGUACUCAUCCCAUCCAAGUCGCAUGGACGAGCAGGAAUGCGGGGUCCGUGCAGAACAGAACAGUUUCAGCAUCACUCUACAAUAUGUGGGUUCAAGUCAGUGGAAUGAUCGGAGCAAACAUCUAUCAGCCAAGCGACUCGCCACGAUACUUCAAAGCCAAUACAGGUCUACUCGUCAUUUGUGUAUGGAUGUGUCUCGUUCAAUAUCCCGGGACAUUCUUUUAUUACAGGUGGAGGAACAACCAGAGGGCCAAGAAAUGGGACGCCAUGACCCCAGAGGAGCAGCAUAUUUACAGGACUACCACAACCGAUAAGGGCAACAAGCGGUGA